AUGGCUGGUUUCGCCGAUCUGAACGUGCCGCAGGGCUCGGACAGGAAGGGGCUGCAGAGCCUGCUGGAGGCUGCAGCGCACCUGGGCUAUUCUGUAGUUGCUCUGAAUCAUGUAAUCGAUUUUAAAGAAAAGAAACAGGAUAUUAUCAAGCCGGUAUCUCCUUCAGAGUUGUUUCCAUCUCUACCUAUUGUACAAGGGACAUCUAAAAGAAUUAAAGUCUUAACCCGGCUGACUCUUGUCGUUUCUGAUCCUUCCCACUGUAAUCUCUUGAGAUCAACAUCUGCAAAUAUAAGGUUGUAUGACAUCAUAGCAGUAUUUCCAAAGACUGAGAAACUGUUCCAUAUCGCUUGCACAACUCUAGACGUGGAUCUGGUCUGCAUAAAUGUAACAGAAAAGCUGCCAUUCUACUUCCGAAGGCCCCCUGUGAAUAUGGCAAUAGAUCGAGGCAUUUACUUUGAACUUCUUUACACGCCUGCCAUCAAAGACUCCACAAUGAGAAGAUACACAAUUUCAAAUGCGAUCAGCCUGAUGCAGAUCUGCAAAGGAAAGAACAUAGUUAUAUCUAGUGCAGCUGAAAGGCCUCUAGAACUACGAGGUCCUUAUGAUGUGGCUAACCUAGGUUUGCUGUUUGGCCUGUCAGAGAGUGAAGCCAAGGCUGCCGUGUCUACCAACUGCAGAGCCACCAUACUUCAUGGAGAGACUCGGAAGAGUGCCUGUGGGGUAGUGUAUACGGUGAAGAAGCCUCGCAAGGUUGAGGAGGAAGAAACAACGGUGCCAGCCUGCAAAAAAGCUAAGACUCAAGCUUGAGGACUGAACCAGCUGCCAACAGGAGACUCCAUCCCAUCUUUACCCAGUGUUGAGUCUUCCCCCACCCUCCAGCCAGCCUGCUUCCUCCCUUACUACUUUAACCUGGAGAAAAAUUAUUCUUCUGGUGUUCAAGUGAGGAGAGCUGUGGGAAUGAGACUGCUGAAUAGUAGAUCACCACAUCUGAAAGGGCUCUUACCAAGGAUAGGAGACUGUCUGUCCUUCCUCUCUUAGGUCUUCUGGAAUCAGUGCAAACUCAACACCAUGUUUCUAGUCUGUGGAAGUUUUCAGUUGUACAAAUGCAUUCCAUUUUUUAUUAAAAGUGUUUCUAACGGCACAUGCCUUCAAAAUCUGGCUCUUAUGGUUUCACAAGUUUUGAACACAUCUCUGUACUAAACCUUACACCCACAAGCCAAUAGAUGAAGUUUACCUUCAGUGGCCUAUGAGGAGUUAAAAAAAAAAAGUAAAUAAACUGUUUUCCAUUGUGUUUUGUGAUUAAUGGCAAUAAAGCAGAUC